AUGAGCACCACGGGCUACUACGAGUUGUACCGGCGGAGCACGAUCGGCGUGGCGCUGAUGGACUCGCUCGACACGCUGAUCAGCGAUGGACGGAUCGAGGCUUCGCUGGCAAUGCGGGUGCUGGAGACGUUCGACAAGGUUGUGUCGGAGACGCUGCGCGACAAAACCAGCGCGAAGCUAACGUUCAAGGGCCACCUGGACACGUACCGGUUCUGCGACGACGUGUGGACGUUCAUAAUCAAGGACUGCCAGGUGAACCUGGACCAGCCGAGCGCGGACGGAGCUGAGAGCAGCUUCACGUGCGAGCGGCUGCACAUCGUGGCGUGCAACUCCAAGUAG